AUGACUGAAGAUACAUUAGAUAAACAAACAUAUGUCAGCAAUUCCAGUUUACAAUAUUUACUACAGGAGUUAGUACCGACUUCAAUUCGUGUCUCUCAUAAACUACUUGAUCCAACCGUGUCGACAUUCGAUGAAGAAACUGAACAAACAAGGAUAGAUCGACAACUUUCUAGCAUCAAAGAUGAUUUCCCAGGAACUGUCAACAUUCUCGAUUCUGAAUUGACAGAUAGUGAUGAAGUUUCCAUUAGAGUGGAAACGUAUGGAUAUAAUUUAGGAUUAAAAAUCGCAGAAGUGUUGUUAUACAAGAGUUCUGGAAGUAAAGUGGUUGAUAUUUUAGAUAUAAUGAAAUUUGUGUGUCGAGAUGCUUGGAGAUGUUUAUAUAAUAAGCAAAUGGAUAAUUUAAGAACAAAUCAUAGAGGUACUUUUGUAUUAGUGGAUAAUAAUUUUAAAUUGAUUUCUCAAUUGAAUAGUUCAAAAGGUAUGCAAGAUACUUUAGCUAAAUCAAAGGUUUAUUUAUGGUUUCCAUGUGGAGUUAUACGAGGAAUAUUGAUGAGUUUUGGUAUAGAAUCUAAUGUCACUGCAGAAAUAACCCAAUUUCCUGCAGUUGUAUUCAAUAUUCAAACUGGCAUUAAUAAUUAA